UUUAACUUCCUAGAAAUAUGUGUGGCCAAUGACUUGCAACCCUUAAUUUUGGCCCGCGAGUGACAAAAGGUUGCCGACCCCUGCCUUAGAUGUAAUACACUAUAUAUAUAUCACUAUACAUUUGGUAUCGAUUAACAUUUUACCGUAAAUAGAAUAGAUAUAUAUAUAUUAGUUAAAGUUUUGGUAUUUGUUUAUACAGUAUAUACUAGUUUACUCUCGUGGUUGGUUAGUGAAAGUGCCAUGUUCAUUACACCCAUCACUACAGACAUGUAGUCUCGCUUACGUCCUUUUAUAUCACAGAUAAAUUAUAUUUCUUUAGAAAUCAUGAAAUUGAUUUAUCUAAGUCUUCUCGUUUCAUGGUGGGAAUCCAGUUCAUCCAAUGCUUUAGAAGUUAUUGAAUUGCACAAUAUUGGAAGCAGUAGGAAUGUACCGUACAGUGAAGAUGGUGAACGUUGUCUUGGUGCUUGUACUUGCUACGGCAGUGACAAUACAAUCGAUUGUAAAGAUACAAAAUAUGACGUGGUACCAUCCUCUAUUCCUUAUGAAACAAGGGAGUUAGAUCUGAGCUACAAUGAAAUAACUACAAUCCGAACCAGCGACUUUAAAGGAUUAGAAAAUAUGGAAAAUCUAGACAUGAACCAUAACUCAAUAUCGAAUAUACAGCGAGAGUCCUUUUCAGAUAUGACCUCACUUACAACGUUGAAAAUGAACUAUAACUCCCUUCGUGUCAUGCGGAUGAAUAUGUUUUAUGGAUUAACGAACCUGAAAACCCUCGAGUUCCAAUAUAACACAGUAAACUUGAUUUCAGCAAGUGCGUUUUCCCCUUUGUCAUCCUUGGAUAGUCUGAGGCUGGACUUCAACAUAUUGUUUUCACCAGUGGCAAACGAAUCCUUUGCCGGCCUGACGAAUCUUACAUCUCUUAGUUUGGCUGGCAAUAUGUUAUAUCAGAUACCCAUGGAUGCUUUACAGAUAGUGAAAAACAGCCUUCAAAAUUUGAACGUGAGCUACAAUACCCGAAUUACAAUUAUUGGAGGUCCGAAUUCACCAGCAAUUGAUCUUCCCAAUCUACAGACUUUGGAUAUGUCUUUUUGUAGGAUACAGAGCAUCGUUGGCGGAAGCCUGGCAGGACUCCCUAAUCUGAAAUCGAUGGAUCUUUCGGCAAACUCGCUUUUGACGUUAUUUCCUCGUAGCUUUGUUGGAAAUCCAAAAUUAUCAAGUCUUUAUUUACUGUAUAAUCCCAUCCAAACUUUCCCACAUGCAGCAUUUUCACCAAUUAGCAAGUCACUCGAACAUCUCCAUAUGAGUUACUACGCACUUGAAAUAGGAAAUUUAACUUCACUGUAUGAUGAAACAUAUCUCGCAAAUUUGACCACUCUGUCUCUGAAAAAUGGAAAUUUAGUUUCCAUCAGUGGUGAUUCGUUUUUCAAAAAUUUGAAAAAGUUGGAACAUUUAUCAAUUUCUUAUAAUCAACUGACAGAUUUGCCCACAGAGGCUUUGAGCCACCUCACCAGCUUAAAAACGAUGACCAUCGUUGGAAACAAAAUUUCAAGAAUCGGCAAGGGUGCAAUUCCAAGCCUAUUGAACUUGCAGGAAGUUGAAUUGUCGUAUUCUGACGUAAUUGAUAUUGACGAAAACUCCUUUCACGAUCUCAAUCUGAUAAUAUUACGUCUAAACGAUAACAAGAUCACUAACAUAUCUGAGAAUGCAUUCAACAAACAAACGAAUUUGGCCGUACUGGAUAUUUCUAACAAUCUAUUGACGACUCCGAACAGCCAGUGGUUUCAAGGUAAACCAUUAACAGAAGUUAAAUUGGAUAAUAAUCCGUGGAAUUGCGACUGUGAAUCGGAACAGUAUUGGGAAUGGACUGAAUCCCAAGACUAUAGUAAUAUUGAGUCAAUCGAUGACGUAGAAUGUAACCAACCUAGAAAACAAAAAGGUGAUACUAUCACAAAUCUUCAAGAAGGCGAGAUCACGUGCGACUUCGGUGAAUGUCCCUCGACUUGCAUAUGUAUUGAUUUCACUACUACAAAAUAUACAGCAUUGACUCCUACACCAAGAUUGACUAUGCUAUAUGAUCUAACACAGAAAGAAUACUCGAAGAUAAAAGUAACUGACUCCACGGAAAACUCUGCACAUCCACUUGAUAUCAUAGACGACAUGGCAAAAUCUGAAUGGAAACUUUCCGCCUCUCGAGCCGCGUCCACCAUGACAGACUGCACAUUGUCAGACAUGACAGAAUUUCCAGUCGUGCCCAAUUCAACAGAACAUCUCAACUUAGCCUAUAAUAAACUGACUAACCUUAAACAGCAGGAUUUUAUCAAUCUUCCGAAAUUGCGUAUAUUUAUCGCUAGUGAUAAUGAAAUUUCUUCUAUUGAAAACAACAACUUUGCAAAUUUGGAUUUACUCGAACAGAUACAUCUAAAUAGAAAUAGCCUUGGAGGAACUAUUGGUUCUACGUGGUUUUCAUUCUUAAAACGACUAACAGAAUUAAGGCUUGAUGACAACCAUAUUGUGGACAUCUCUAAUGAAUCUUUCGUAGAUUUGGAAUCUCUUCAAAUAUUGGAAAUGUCAAAAAACGCGAUGACGUCAUUACAACAACCCAUGUUCGACGGUCUAGCACAGUUGGUUUACCUGAAUUUGGGAGCCAAUCGCAUCAACGCAGUUAAUGAAGACAGUUUUGUAAAUCUGACAAAUCUGGCAUACCUCUAUCUCAAUGACAACUAUCUUACUACAAUCCCUCCUAAUUUACUCGAAACCAAUACAAAAUUGAUAUAUCUCGAUCUUGGAGGUAACAGCUUCUCUGUUAUUCAUAAGCAGUUCUUGUUCUCUAACAGUAUUGAAAUUCUCAAAAUGGAAAAGGGUUAUAAUACAGACCUAGAAAACGGCAGUUUUGUCGGGCUUCCGAAUUUGAGAGUUUUACGAUUAGCAGGCAGUUACAUAUCAAACAUUGCAAAUCUUGCUUUUUCGCCGGAUAUGAUUGACGAGUUUCAAUCUUACAAUAAAAGUAAACUGCUUACUUUGGAUCUUGGCUACAAUCUCUUGAAAGAUAUCCCUGUUGAUUCCUUUGCGGAACUAGAAAGUCUUCAAACUUUAGGCCUGAAUGAUAACCUAUUUUCUGAAAUUCCAGUUCGGAAUGACAAUAUCGAGCCGUUUCUGCCUAAUAUGGAAACAUUGUAUUUAUCCCAUACGCCAGUAUCGCAAAUUCCGGAAAAUUCAUUUAUAUCUCAUUUGAGUAAUUUGAUGGGCUUGAUUAUGAAUGACUGCAAUUUUGAAAACAUUCCCAUCGAAGCUCUCAAAAGCAACUCAAAGCUCGGUUAUUUAGUUUUGGACCGGAAUCCUAUCAUUCAAAUUAGCGAAAAAUUUUCGCAGCUGAAGAAUCUUGUACAGCUUCAGCUGAGUGAUACCCAAAGUCUAAGUACAGUGUCCGAAAUCGCAUUUAAGAAUUUAACAAAGCUAGAAACUCUGAAGCUAUCUGGUGGGAAAAUAACAAACUUAGGUUCACUGACGUUUGCAGACCUGGUGAAUCUUGAAGUUAUUGAUCUGUCCAACAACAAUUUGACACAACCUGAUUCACAGUGGUUUUCGUCCAUAAAUCCGAAUGAGGUAAAAUCCAUUAACUUGCAAGAUAAUCCGUGGGUAUGUGACUGUGGCGCACUAGAAUACAAACAAUGGAUGGAAGAUGGAUCACAGAAUCUUGACGAUUACUUUGUUUCUAUUACAUGCACGGAGCCACAGAUGUAUAAAAGCUGGGAAAUUUCAGAAAUACAUUCCUCUGAUCUUGUGUGUGUUUCGUCAUCUACCGCCCCAUUAACAACAACGGAAUUGCCAGAAUAUUGUGACCAAGAAUGCACUUUCGACGAAAAUGCUCAUAUUACCAAUUGCUCAAGUCAAAAUUUGAGAUCGCUGCCCAGGUCUUGCAUUCCUGACUCAACGGAAAUCUUGAUAUUGUCAAACAACCGUCUUUCCACAAUAUUGUCGGACGAUUUUGUCGGCUUGUUGAGCCUUAAACAAAUAAUGCUGGAUCACAAUUUGCUAUCUGAAAUAGAAGAUGGCGCCUUUUUCAAUCUUCCAGUUGUCACGCAUCUUGAUUUGAGUUUUAAUCGGCUCACGAAGGUUCCAACCACGGCCCUUGCUGAUUUGAGUAAUUCUUUACUUCAUUUAUGGUUGGAUGAUCAACGUAUUCCUCAAGUAAUAGAAAAUGCUUUUCCGUUGUCGUAUUUAAAACAACUUUCUUUGCGAAAUCUUCAGGGAUUGAGUGCACUUCCGCUAAUUAUAGAUGAUUUUUCUUUUGCUAAAACUGCAAAUCUCAGAACUUUGGAUCUCUCCCAAAAUAUGAUAGUGACGCUAUCGAUAAAUUCACUGACCGGGCUUGUAAAUCUGGAUUUGCUCGACAUGACUGCAACACGAUUACAAGAAUUUCCCGAAGAAGCUUUAAGAAGAUCACCACAAUUGACAACUUUGAUACUGAACGAAAAUCCAAUUGAAUCGUUUAUAAAACCGGUGACACCCAUUUUGCCGAAACUGAAGCAUUUUCACAUGAGGAAUUCCGAGCUAGCAAAUAUUGAUGAUAACUCGUUUCUUAGCGAUUUGUAUAAUCUUGUGGAACUCGAUUUAGGAUUUUCACUCUUGUCAGUCGUUCCAAGGCAUUCGUUGCAGAACAAACCUUCGCUAACAACGUUAAACCUCGAACAUUCCUAUAUACGGAAACUUACUCAAAGCGAUUUUGCAGAUUCAUCCCUGAAUAAUAUAUCCAUAAUUGAUUUCAGUGGGUCAAAAAUGUCUGAAAUAGGAAGCAGGGCCUUUUCAGUACUGACAAGCCUUUCUUGGUUAGAUCUAAGCAAGAAUGAAAUUACAGCAGUCGCCGAUGAUGCCUUCGCAGAUACCAAUCUGCAAUAUUUGGAUCUAAGCUACAAUAAUCUUACAUACGUGUCUUGUUCGUGGGUAUAUCUGAUGCCGCAAGGACAAUCCGUAACAUUGAACCUUGGUGGAAAUCCAUAUGACUGCAGUUGUGGAAUGGUUGGAUAUCGCGAUUACAUGACUUCUCCUCAAUAUGAUUUCAUAUCAGAAGUCGACCAGCCCGUUUGUGCAACUCCACAAGAAUUUUCGGGCAUGUCCGUUCGAGAGAUUCAAUUGGAGGAUUUGGAAAAUUACUGCAAAAAUGAUCUAAAUGCAGAAGAUCCCCAAUAUUGUUCGCCGCCCACGACAACCGCAUCGCUGUCAUCAACAAACUCGAAUCCGGUAUCUACCACGUCAAGUGCUAGAUCAAAUAUUAAUUCUCCCAAAGCAUUGUCAUUUGUACUGGUAUCCAUUUUACUCUCUCUUUAUGAAUAA